UCAUUUGGUGUAUUAUGUCAUCCUGCAGGUAAAAGGAGACAGAAAAGAAGAUGGACUGGGGAAGUCUUCAGGCUGUUUUAGGAGGUGUAAAUAAACACUCCACCAGCAUUGGGAAGAUAUGGCUCACAGUCCUGUUCAUCUUCCGUAUCAUGAUCCUGGUUGUGGCUGCAGAGAGAGUCUGGGGAGAUGAACAACAGGAUUUUGUUUGCAAUACACUUCAGCCUGGGUGCAGAAAUGUUUGCUAUGAUCACUUUUUCCCCAUCUCUCACAUCAGACUCUGGGCCCUGCAGCUGAUCUUUGUUUCCACACCUGCGCUGCUGGUGGCCAUGCAUGUAGCUUACACCAGGCACGAGAAGAAAAGGCGAUUCAGAAAUGGUGAGAAAAUUGAUAUUGAAGAGCUGAAAAAUGAAAAGAUUCAUAUUCGCGGCCCCCUGUGGUGGACAUACACCAGCAGCAUCUUCUUCAGGAUCAUCUUUGAAGCAGUCUUCAUGUACGUGUUCUAUUACAUGUACGAUGGGUACCAGAUGCCUCGCCUGGUGAAGUGCAGUGCAUGGCCCUGCCCCAACAUAGUGGAUUGUUUUGUGUCUCGGCCCACUGAGAAAACCACAUUUACUAUUUUCAUGCUUGCUGUGUCUGCGAUCUGCAUGAUGUUGAAUCUGGCUGAGUUGUGUUAUCUAGUGAUAAAAAUUUGCAUGAAAGAAUCCAGGAAAACAACAGUUUUAAAAUAAUUCCCCAGUUACAGAAUUUCCUAGCUCUCCAUUUCCCUCAAACUUUCUUAGGUGUCAGAAAACAAUCAGCAAUAUUUUUAUACACAAGAAAAAGGAUAAAAACAUUCAUAUUUUAUAAAUGAUAGCCCCCCUGGGAAGCUGCCACUGAGGCAGGUUUUAAAGAUGAAAAGCUAAUUCAGUAUUCCUGCAUUCACGAAUAGCCUUUUGGCAGCAGUUUUUCCAAGUAUGCCUACUGCUGGGAUUCUUUGUUGGGACAGAGUCACUAUUCAAAAAGUGGGAGUGGAAAGGCCCAGAGGAGUGUCUAGUGCCUGAAGGAGAGCCAAGAGUCACAAACACGGUGUCAGCUUGAGGCAAGCCAAUAAUGGAGGGGUUUGGUCAAAAGUGGGGUGAAGGGUUUUUGGGGAAACUUACAGUUUAUGAAAAGAAAGAAAAUGGGGAGGUGAUUGUGUUUAUAGCAGCUGUCCCAUUGUCUCCCUAAGUAUUCUGGAGAGCAAGGAAAGGGCCAAGGAACACAGGUACUCUGUGAUAAUGCAUGUUAUCAGCCCUGCUGAGCACCAGCAGUGAUUUUUAUCUUUUUGUCUCCUCCCCUACACUGAGGAGCAUCUCUUACAGGAUUGGGGGUGGCCAGUCUCAGCUGCUUGUGAAUGUCAUUAGGCCAGUGCUGCCUCCCUCCACUCACAGGGGCUGCAGCAGUGGGAGGAAUGAAGUUUGCUUUUUCAUUCUCUUGGUCUGGUGAAUAAAAGGAUUGUUGCCUUUGUGAAGGUGGUGGAACUGCAACCAUCUUCCUCCUUCUCUUGUUCUCUCACAGUGUUUUGUGAAGAAUCUCAGUACAGUAGAUUUUAUUUGAUUAAGAGACUUUUUACAAUCUGUGCCUCCUUCAGCUGUGUACCUUUAAAAUCUUUUUUUCAGUAAAAGCCAAGAAAAAUUGCCUUGUUUCAUUAUGUUAUCCAAAAGAAGUGCUUUAACUUACAGCGAUAUGCAGUAGACUGCACCUACCAGUGCUCUUUCUGUCAGUCCCUUUCCCCUAUCCAACCUGCACAGACUUUCUUCAUAAAACCUUCUCCCUACCUAUCUGAGGUGCCUUUCAAGUGAGUCACAGAAUCAUCAAGGUUGGAAAAGACCUUGAAGAUCAUCUAGUACAACCAUUAACCUAACAUUGACAGUUCUCAACAGGGCAUCAAACCACUCCCAGUCUCUCUGACGUUCCACAUUGUAUGGCUGACUCACCCUUCCUCUUCUUACGGUAGGGCUAGCAGGAAUUACAGACAGCUUUGCAGAGCUAAAAUAGCAAAGGAACCCAAUCAGAAAUGAGGAGAAACUUGAUAUUUUUCUUAAAGUUCACAUUGCUGACCUGUGAAUUGUGUAUCACUAACUAGAAUGUGAGUCUGUCUGGUCUUGUCUCUCCAAAGCAGCCUCAAAACAUGUUUUAUGCUUGUCGUAGGCAGCUACACCAGCACACACAGUAACACAGUUUAGCUCCCAAGUGCCUGCCCGUUGAACCCACUUCUAGAAAUCUGACUAUUUCUCCUCCUUAGCUUUAAUAACCAGCUUUUCCUCAAAAUGAAUGAGCACUAUCUCAGUUUCUCUAUUUGCAUCCAUCUCUUCCUGUACAUUUAAGUUUAGCACUGUUGGAGUAAACAAAGCUGCAUGAAUUAAGGCCCAUGACCCCUCACUGUGCACUGGAAGCAGAGCAUAAGCAGGUUCCCAUUGCUGGUGAGCUACAUUCAGUGUUACAAUUUGGCUGCAGGUGGAAAUCAUCUAAGAGGUGAGCAAGAAAACUGUAAAGCCACCAUGCUCAGAAGCAUGAACAAAAAUAUGUAAAAUCAUUAAUAAUGAGCUAAACUGGAAACUUUGACUGUGAAAACAUCCUUAAUACAACUCUAAAGAACAAAGGUUGGCACAUACCAGGUUUGUGCUUGGUAAAGUUCCUGCAUUGUUCCGUGUACAAGUACGAAGAGAACAAACUAUGCUCCCAGUGCUUUAGUACUACAUUUAUUUUGUAAUAACAGAAUUUAAAUUUUUGUUCUAUAAUUAAAGCACUCUUGUGGUGUCUGUUUUCUGUGUUACUUGUACAUGCCAUGUAUUGUCUAAUGAAAAUUAUCUUUACCAUAAUGGAAAACGUAUGCACCAAUACUACAUUUAAUAGCCAGGGGCUACUGUAAGGAUUUUAGCCUGCUGCUGCAGGUUGUUUUUGCAAUUGGUUACAUUGUGUGUUACUCUGCAGACUUCAUGAGCUGAUAGUGAAGGUCAGAUACGUGAUCCCUGCUAGAAAUCACAUGUGCUGCCUAAGUCGGCCUUGUACUAGCAGAACUGCAGCUGGAAAAGGCUGGUGAUAAAUAACCACCUUCACGGGGAGAGAUUGUUUUCCCAGUCUGUCUUUGAGUUUAACUGGAACUUGGAAUAACACACACCAAAACUGGUGACACUAACACUGUGAGGUUAUCUAUAAAUAGCAGUUUGGCAACCAGAUUAUCAUAAAGGGAAAAAAGAUAGAAAUAGGAAAAGUGUCUGGAAGUGGCCAAGAGGGGACUGUGAUCCAGAACUGCAGCAUCAGGCUGUAAUAGCUCUAUCAUGACAUAUUUACUGUCUCUGAGAUUAAUUUUCUGUGUAUGUUAAAUUUGGCUAAAUAGCUACUUUGUAUGGAAAAAAGUUCAGAUACUUCAUAGGAAUUUAGGAAUUACACCUAUUGCUGCUUGUGCUGCAUUGCAUGGCUGACCUCCUGCAAAUGGAUUUCAUACAGAUUAAAAUACAGUGCUGUGUUGGA